ACAGCACAUCACUGCUCGGUGCUAGCCGGCUCGAGUUUGCAACUAUGGUCAGGAGACUGAUCGGCUGCGAAUGUGAUUGAUUUCAGAGCAUUCCAGAGAUAUUGAUAUUUGUUAUUGUUCGAGCGGAAUGAGCAGAAGUGUAAAAAGUUGUUAUAUACGCAGCUUGGAGAAACCCUCGUUGAAUAUCUAUUUGCCAGACAACAAGCCGGUUUUCGUAGGACGCUCGCCGGAAACCGGCAUCCAAGACACAAAAUGUUCACGACAGCAAGUCCGUUUAUGUGGAAAUUAUGCAAAAGCGAUUGUCACAGUUCAGCAAGUAGGCACACAUGCUUCUGGCUUCAAUGGAUUUAAGAUGGAAAAAAAUAUAAGAUUUGUGGCUAAACAUACAGAUCAUGUCGAGCUGUUAUAUGGAAAAUAUGCUUUUGAGAUUGAGUUCAAUCCGCCUCCACAAACAGAAGAUUCUGAAAGAAAAAAGAGAUCUUACGAACUAGAAGAAGUAGAUGUAACUGAAGUGGAUGAGGCUAAAUGUAACAAAAAAAUGUUGAAACUGCAUCAUAAUUCAGAUGAAGAACUGGAUAAUAAUAGAAAAGAAAAAGAAUGUUCUUCGAAGGGUGACGAUUCCACUCAGACAACUGCUGCUGUCGACUCUCCUAUUAUAACUGAAUCAAGUAAUAAUACAGAGUGGGAGAGUAUUGAUGAAGGAAAACUAGUGAUUUACACACUAUCAUCUGUACAAAAUCAGGACAAAGUGGCUGCAUAUGAUAUGGACAAUACUUUAAUAAAAACCAAGUCUGGUCGUGUAUUUCCGAAGAAUCAUAACGACUGGGAAUUACUAUAUCCUCAUAUACCCGAUGAAUUAAAACUACUUCACGAGUGCGGAUACAAAGUAGUGAUUUUCACAAAUCAGGCCGCUUUGAGUUCCGGCAAAGUUAACAUCAAUAAUUUUAAACAAAAAAUCGAGAAUAUCGUAAAGAAAAUCGGCGUUCCUAUCCAAGUUUUUAUCGCUGCAGGAUACAACAUUUAUAGAAAACCAAGAAUCGGUAUGUGGAACUAUUUGCAAAGAAAGAAAAACGGACGUAUACCAAUCGACAAAUUGACCUCGUUCUACAUCGGUGAUGCCGCUGGUCGACCAAAGAACUGGGAUCAUGGAAAGAAGAAAGAUCAUUCGUGCGUGGAUCGAUUAUUUGCACUGAAUCUGGAUCUCAAAUUCUAUACACCAGAGGAACAUUUUUUAAAAUACCGUAAAUCAAUACCUUACAACUUACCCAUGUUCAACCCGAAAGAAAAUCUGUUACCAAUCGACAACUUGGAUGUUAUCAAAUUCAUGCUGAAAGAACAAGAAAUAGUGCUUAUGGUUGGCAGUCCAGGCUCUGGAAAGUCACACUUUGUAAAAAAUUACUUAAAGGAAUACGGAUACGUAAAUAGAGACAUCUUAGGCAGCUGGCAGAAAUGUGUCGUUAUAACCGAGCAAUAUUUAGAUCGAGGAAAGAGUGUAGUCAUAGAUAACACUAAUCCCGAUCCGGCCACAAGACAGAGAUAUACAGAAAUAGCAAAGAAGCGCAACAUUCCAGUGAGAUGUUUUGUUAUGACGACAAGUAUAGACCACGCGAAACAUAAUAUCAAGUUUCGCUCAUUGACGGACUCCAGUCACGUUCCGGUCAACGAUAUUGUAAUCAAUUCUUACGCGAAAAAUUAUGUGCCGCCAACUUUAGAAGAAGGCUUCAAAGAAAUAGUAGAAAUCAAUUUUAUUCCAAAGUUCAAUAACAAGGAAGAUCAAAAACUCUACGAAAUGUACUUGGUCGAAAGUUGAAUCAUGCGUUUUAAAUUAAUUCUUUCGUUGCGUAUACGUACACCUUUGAAAAAUAGACGCCAUACGAAGAGCGUAUAUAUGUGUGUAUAAAUUAUAUAUAUAUACCUACAUAUAUAUGUAUAUAUGCCUAUACUUUAUUAUCAUAUUACAUUUUAUUGCACAAGUAAAAUAGAAAAUAGAAAAUAUAAUAUUGUGUGUCCUAAGCAUUCUGUAUGGUAGCGUCAAGUUGUCAGCAACGCGUUGAAUCCACAGCGAUUACAUUUUGUCACAAGCGCGCCAGAGCGAGAGAAUCAAAAGAAGUUAUUGUAAUAAAUGUGUAAAUUUAAAUAUGAUAUAUAAAGCAACUUAUUUUUUA